AUGAACGGCAAGACCGUGCAGGUUGAAGGCAUUAAGGUGAAAAACACAUUCAUCGACUUUGACGCAGAAGACGAGGAUGAUGUGCCAAGCGCUGGUGUGGCCCUCUCAAAGCGGCAGUUUUCGGAGCCAGCUCCCAUGGGGCGCCAAAUGACCGCCUUACGGCAGUGCUCCUCUGGAAUGCAUGCCCAGAUGGAAGCUGUGGGAGAGGAGGAGCAAGACGAUGAGCAGGAUGGCGAAGAUGCAGAUUUGAACGGCACUUCUCCUCUCAAUCGACAGUUGUUGCCAGAGAGAUCAUUCUUGGUCAAACAGGGGAUCCCCAAGCAGUUUCCUUUUUGUUUGUUUUCUUGCGAAUGCCAUUGA